GGGCAAGGGGCGGGCCCGGGUGAUGGCGGAAGCGGAGGCCAAGAUGAAGCAGUUCAAUGGUGGCGGUGGGGCCGGGCUGGACGCCGAGCGCGGCCGCUUCCCCUACUGCGUGGUGUGGACCCCCAUCCCCGUCCUGACGUGGCUCUUCCCGAUCAUUGGCCACAUGGGUAUCUGCACGUCGACUGGAGUCAUUCGGGACUUUGCGGGGCCGUACUUUGUCUCAGAAGACAACAUGGCAUUUGGGAAGCCAGUGAAGUACUGGAAACUGGAUCCCAACAAGGUGUACUCCACUGGUCCCAACGCCUGGGACACAGCUGUACACGAUGCCUCGGAGGAGUACAAGCACCGAAUGCACAACCUUUGCUGUGAUAACUGCCAUUCUCAUGUUGCUCUGGCCUUAAACUUGAUGAGAUACGAUAACAGCACCUCCUGGAACAUGGUGAAACUCUGCUUCUUCUCACUCCUGUAUGGGAAGUACGUAAGUGUAGGGGGAUUUGUGAAGACCUGGCUUCCCUUUGUCCUCUUCUUGGGGGUGAUCAUGACCAUUGUUCUCACACUUCAUUUGCGGUGAUGGCAGCUGUGAACUCCCCAUUCCGUGGGCACACGAAGGAAGAAACUGUGACUGAUCCAGCGAGACGGAGGCAUGGGACUCUGGGAGGCAUUUUCUGGGGAAGGUGGCAACUCCACUCCAUUGUAACAGCUCAUCUUUGUUUUCCUGGAACCGGCUUCUUUUCAUUCUGUUUUCGUUCUGUUGAUGGUGUUUCCCAGUGUCAGGGGUCCUGAAGCCUCCUGCUCUCUCCCUGAAUGUGCUCCCUUUCUGCAAUUUGGUAGGUAAAAACGCAAUAAGGAAAGGAGAGGCGCGGGCAGCUUUGCUUUCAGUGCCAAGUAAAGCUGCAAGGCAAACCCUGCCUCCUGGUUCAGGAGCACAAGCAGAUACACCUUGUAAGGUUCUCUCUGAUCGCCUGGUUUCUUCCUCUAGGCAGACUUCAUCAGAUGCUUCCUCAGAUUUCCCGCGUCUCCCAGAAGAAGUUGUUGUUUCCCGGUUGCACAACUCUCCUGUAGCACAUGUUUCAAAGUGGAGGUGUGGGGUUCCUCCUGGGGAUGUAGAGUGCCGUAGAACUUGCCGACGGUCUCCCCAGUAGCGACAGCAAGGUGUUGAUGGCGGGACGCUCCUCUGAGGAGAUGUGCAGAGGAACGCUCUGUGGCAGGGCAAAUUCGUCUGGUCCUGCUGGUGAGCCCAGAAAGGCAGGAAAGUCGAUCGGCUGGCUUGGGUAUGGCUCAUGGCAGUCUGCACACUUUCAACGGCCUGUUGCAGGGUUGGGAGUCUACUGCUAAGUCCCUUUUAGCUUGUGCCAGAGAAAAUAUAGCUCCCCUGCUUCUCCCUGUGCUCUGAAUAUCUAAAAUUGUUGUCAGGCUUUUCACGAGCCACUUACUUUCCUUUGAUCCCUUAGUACUUUGUGUGUUGCAGCAUACCUGAGCCUGCAGAGGUGGCGGUCGCAGCAGGUACAUAUUUCUGGGGCAGAAGGCUUAGCGUAGGGUUUUGAAAGCAUCCGUGAGAGCAGCACCCGAGACCUGAGCUUAGUGGGGCCAUCAGAGAUUAAAAGAAGAGGUGAAAGAAAUGGAAGAUACCCAUGUUCCGGCUGGGUUUUGCAGCAGCAAACUGGGGCACUGGCCUUCUUGCGGCUGGUUCCGGGAUGGUGAAUGUGAAGGUCUGUUUACUUUCUUGUCGUGCUUUGGUGAGCACACCAGGGGUAAAAGCACUUUGCAGGACUGGCUUUGAUAUGAGAAAUGCUGAUCUGGCAGCGUUGGAGUGCCAGUGGCCCUUUUGAGCCCUGGAUCAGACAGGAGGGCCAGUAGGGGCAUAGGUUGUUCUCUAGUGCUAGGUAGGAAGUGAAUUUGGACAGGACCCAGAGCCUCUUCCAGGGCGAGGGAUGCAGCUCUCUGUUUGCUGAGGCUCUGGCCUGCAGAUGCUGCUUUCUGUGGGCCUCUGAGCCAGGUGGCUUUUUAAAAAAAAGUGUGGCUGAAGGAUUCUGUGCAGUUGAGCAGAUCCCCUCUGACUGCAAAGAAAGGAGAACAGCUUUUCCACUCGUGCCUUGAAAGGCCAGCUCUACUCUGCUACCUGAUGGAUUUCAACCUCAAGGAGCGCUUGUGGCUAGCAAGAAAGCUUUUCUUGACUGCGUGCCAUCUCUGUGGCUUCCUCUGACUGGGAAGCCUGUUUAUCAUCACCCUGCCGGCUCUCAGACCUGUCCCACGUGCCUCCCCAUCUUCUCCCAUCUCCCCGACUACUCUAGCCAUAUGGGAGGGCUGGGGACUCCUCUUGGGCUUUCUCGGUUUCUGCAUUUUCUCCUUUUCCUCAGGCGUUUUUAAAUAACCCCUUAAACCAUUCCGUGGCACCCGCUUGUCUCUGUCAUCUGGUACUGGCCUUUCUGGGGCGGGUGGAUAUGUGCAUCUACCUGGAACUGAAAUAGUUGUUGGUGUCUGCUCUGUGCAGUCCUUUCAAGCCUGUGUGGAGAGUGGGCUGGAGGGUGCUGGGCCUGGAGCUGAUUAAAAAGCCAAGAUCUUGAUCAAAGAGAACCUUACGAUGAAAGGAUGGUGUCUUCCCGAGCUGCCCUGUGUCGCUGUGGCCUCCACCCAGCUAGUCUGCUGGCUAGCGUGCCCGAGCACUAGCCAGUUGAACAGGAGAGACUAGUCUUUUGCCUCAGUUUUUAACUUAAGUAUGAUUUCUCAGAGUGACCCGCCAAGGAUGUGCUCGGAGUCCCUGGCCCCAGGGCUGAAGCCAACCUGUCUUACGCAGUAGCAAUAACCUAGAGACUCUUAGGCCUGUCUCACACGUUGAUUCAGUGUUUUAUUGAUAAGCUAUAAAAGCGUUGCCAAAGCUGAGACUUCAGGUUGUCAGGGGAGGCUGGGAGUGGGGCUGCUGGCCACAGUUCUCACUCCUGGGACUCCUGAAAACAUGUUGAGUGCCAUUCCCCACCGUGAAAAUCCUUGUCGUUUGCUCCUAAUGCUUUUUACCAGAUCCGGGUUUCGAACGGAGCCUUAAUGGAGCAGCAGCAAAUGGGCCCUGUAGUGGGUCUGAGCGCUGGCUGCCGGGGAAGGAGAGCGGCGCUUUGCCCAAGUCCUGCCGGAACAGCCGACCUGCUUCCACCGACGGAGAUGGAGGGUGGCUCUGGGCAUCCGAAGGAAACACGGCUACCGGGAGCGCAAGGCCCCGAGCAGAGGUACUGCAAAGCCAGCCUGCACGUCCAUGCUGCACGCACAAAGCCGUCUGUACUCAUGAAAUGAAGGAUGGUGCCUGCAGAGGUCGGAUGCUGGGGGAGGCAGGUGGGCUGCUUGGAUUUUUGGUCUUCCUGCGAUGCGGUGGGAGUGUGGCGAAGCCCCGGCGGUGCUCAGUGCGGGAGCACCCCACUACAGGGGAGUAGGCUGCUGCUGCUUGGCGUGGGAGGUGGCAGGAGUGGGUGGGGAAGGAAUGUCCUCUCUGUGCAGCUUCCUUCAUCUCACUGCUGGCUUCUUCGCAGUGCCCCCUUCAACUAGCCACAUUAAAGGUUCACCAUGUCCUUCACCUUCCAGAUGCCAAUUUUAUGCUCCUGUUCUUUGCACGUGCUGCAGAGCUCCGUGGCUUUGCUGUUCUCUCCGGCGAGGGCAAGCCCUCGGUACCCUCAUCCUUUGUUCUCUUGAUCUCUGUGGGGCGCUGGAUUACUUUGUAAAUAUUUAAACUCUGCUUCUGUGGUUUCAUAAUCCUGACGGUAGGGGAAAUAAAACUUGUUUCUGUGGA